AUGUCGAGGCUGUCCGCACCCAAGCCUAUAAUUGUGGGUGUUUCCGGCGCCAGUGGAUCCAUUCUGGCCCGCGCCACCGUUGAAGCGCUCCUGUUGCGUGAUGUACCCACGAUUGUGGUUUGCACCAAUGCCGCCCGCCUGGUCUGGCAGGAGGAACUCGACACACCCUUCGGGGAAACCCUGUCGGAGUGGCAGGAACACCCCCGUUUCACCUACUAUCCCAUGGGAGACAUGCGAGCAUCCAUUGCCAGCGGGACCUUUGCCACCCGCGGCAUGGUUAUAGUGCCCUGCAGUAUGAACAGCGUCGCCGCCAUAGCCCACGGCCUGGCCGGAAACCUGCUACUUCGUGCCGCCGACGUUUGUUUGAAGGAACGCAGAAAGUUGAUACUGGUUCCCCGGGAAACACCUCUUCACGCCACUCACUUUGGAGAACAUGCUUUCACUCACGCGCGCCGGGGCGGUGAUAAUGCCCCCGGAACCGGCCUUCUAUCUGAAACCGCAGGGCAUCGACGAUAUCGCCCAGUUCGUGGCCCAGAGGGUACUUGUUGCGCUGGACAUUGA